AUCAGCUUCACUCUUCACUCAAUUCUAUCUUGAUUACAGCACCAAUCAUCCUCGCAUCACAUCUUGCUAUCCAUUCUCGCAGUUAAGCUUUCGUUUAUACAACUUCUUUCCACAUCAGCCAAAAUGCAACUGUCCAACAUCUUCACUCUCGCUCUCUUCACUGCCGCCGUCUCCGCGGACACUGUCUCCUACGACACCGGCUACGACAAUGGCUCCCGCUCUCUGAACGACGUCUCCUGCUCUGACGGACCCAACGGUCUCGAAACCAGAUACCACUGGUCGACCCAGGGCCAGAUCCCUCGCUUCCCAUACAUCGGAGGUGCUGCCGCCGUCGCCGGCUGGAACUCUGCUAGCUGCGGAACCUGCUGGAAGCUGCAAUACAGCGGCCACACCAUCUACGUCUUGGCUGUUGACCACGCUGCUUCUGGCUUCAACAUUGCGCUCGAUGCCAUGAAUGCUCUGACCGGUGGCCAGGCUGUUCAGCUGGGCCGCGUUUCUGCUACCGCUACUCAGGUUCCUGUUAAGAACUGCGGUCUCUAAAGCUGCUCCAUCUUCAAAGAAGUUCGGUUUAAAACCAUUUUUGGUUACUAUUACAUUGCAUUGUGGGACAAGGCGGGAUUACAUUGGGCAUGGGUUUUCAUAAUAUGGGAAUACGGGAAGAGACGCAUUGAACGUGGAGCGAAUACAAAUACAGACGACCUAAACGGCAAAUAUUAUUAAAUACACAGCACCCUCACCGGGUAUCAUUAGCAUUCUAAA